AUGCUACAGCUUACAAGCUUCAUACUAGGGCUUCUUUUUGUUAUGCAUGCACUAGGGCACUUUACUACUGCUGCACAUGCUCAUCAAGGUAAAGAAGAGCUUUCUAUGACUGGGAAACCUGUAAUACUCUCUGGUCAUAAGGGAGCUUCUUGCACUCGUCAAGUAACACUGCGCUAUAAUCGCGUUGUUAUUUGCACUUCUACACAACAGUGCAAGAAGCUUUUCGAGGAGUGUGAAUAG